CUCAUCACUGUCGUCGCCAUGAGUCAAGAUGAGAGAUAUGCUUUCAUCGCUGAAUGGUAUGACCCAAAUGCUUCACUCUUUCGGCGUUAUGAACUUCUGUAUUAUCCAAAAGAUUCAUCAAUUGAAAUGUAUGAUGUGAAGAACCGUCGCACAUUUCUGAGGCGCACCAAGUAUGAGAGCUUGCACCUUGAGGAUCUCUAUGUGGGGAGCAAAGUCACUGUUUUCUCCCGACACCUCACCAUAGUGGACUAUGGGAAUCUGUACACCUCUCGCAAGCUUGGCAGCCGCAAAGAGAGAACGCUGGCUUUGAUUAAACCUGAUGGAAUGUGUAAGAUUGGAGAAUUAUUUGAUAUCAUUAUUAAUGCAGGAUUGACAAUCACUAAGGCCAAAAUGAUGCUGCUUUCAAGAAAAGAAGCAGCUGAUUUCUAUGCUGAUUAUCGAGCAAAGCCUUUUUAUCAUGAGCUUCUCCAGUUAAUAAUGAGUGGCCCCAUCCUUGCUAUGGAGCUCUUAGGAGAUGAUGCAGUGAGUAAAUGGAGAGCAAUAGUUGGGCCAGCAAACCCAACAGAGACUGAGAGCGAUACACUGGACAGCGUAUCAGAGAGCUUUGGACAUUGUGGCCUCAGAGAUGCAGCUCAUGGCCCAGAUUCAGUUGCUUCAGCUGCUAAAGAGCUGGAGUUGUUCUUUCCCUCCAGUGGAGGUCGUGGACCAGUCAGCAGUGCAAAAUUCACAGACUGUACUUGUUGCAUUAUUAAGCCUCAUGCUGUUAAUGAAGGGCUUGCUGGAAAGAUUAUAAAAGCCAUCCUCAAGGAAGGAUUUGAGAUCUCAGCUUUGCAGAUGUUCAACAUGGAGCGCACAAAUGUGGAAGAAUUUUAUGAGAUUUACAAAGGCGUUGUCCCGGAAUAUUUGGAGAUGGUUUCAGAGUUGUGUUCAGGCCCUUGCAUAGCAAUGGAGAUUAGACAAUUCAAUCCUUCGAAAGUGUUCAGAGACGUUUGUGGUCCUUCUGACCCUGCAUUAGCCCGUCACCUCCGACCUGGAACUCUCCGUGCUGUCUUUGGGAGGGACAAGAUUCAGAAUGCUGUUCACUGCACAGAUCUGCCUGAAGAUGGACUUUUAGAGGUGCAGUACUUCUUCAAGAUUCUGGACAACUAACAAGCUUCAUCCUCACCUACUGCAACAAACACGGACACAGAUCUGUGUUCAUUCAUUUAUUUGUCCAAUGUUUCAACCUGACAGAAAUACAAGAUCAACAAGAGCACUGUACUCCUGGCUAUUAUUACAUAUUAGAACAUAGAGUUUUGCACUUUAGACAACAUUUAACACCAUUCUAUGGGGUACUGCAUUGCUUUUAUAAAGUUUAAAAUAAAGAUUUAUUUUCAAACAUGUGACUUUGGUUUAUUUCAUACAUUACACUUUCUUGCAGAAAAAAUAAAAUUGUACAACUGCAUAAAUAUAAAAUUCUUCCACCAUGAAAAUGGCUAAAACAUUCAAUAAAGACAUUAGCACCACAGUGUGCGAUGCCUUCAGCAGGAAAAAGAAAAAAAAAAAAAAAAAAAAAAGAAGAAAAUAUACAAAGCAAAGAGUUAUGCCUAUCACUGAGGAGAGUGAUAGUCUGACCCGGUCUCUCACACAAUAUACUGGAGGAUAAGGGAAGAGGUGGAGAGAGAGACAGCAUUCGCUACAAAGCACAGUGCACAAUCACCUAUUCUCUUUAACUUCACUUUAGUUUGUUUCCCUGCCACCCCUCCAAAUAAAAUACCCUAAACACCACAGAAAAGCCAGAAGCCUUAUGGAGUGCUGUUAAAUAUCAUCUCACAGGUCCUUUCUUUGAAAAGGAACAGAAUAAUGAGAAGUUUCAUGCCAGUUCUAGUCCCACUGAGUAUUUACACCUUGGACAGCAAAAGUCUUUGCUCACAAGAAGUAGAAAACAGCAACAAUACAUGGCUUGAAAAAUGACCAGAGUAUGCACCUAUAGUACUGUACACUAAAUAAAAUACACAAGGCAGCAAUACUUAGGGGCCAGAAACACUGCUUACUACAUGUCAGUUAUGGAAUCAUAAUUUACAGUAAAAGUGGGCAUGUCCCAAGGCUCAAUUUUGUUUCAUUUUUGUCAUUUACAGUAGAAUAAAUAUUUGUCACUAUUGCUACACUUUGUUUACAUUCUAACCUAGUAAAUGCAGAAAGCUAGUGUAAAGCAUAUAGAUUAAUGUGUAGGUCCCAUACGUAUGACAGUUUGUUCAAGACUAGUAGGUUUUCUUUUUUGUUCU